AUGGCUGCCGAAAACCGGUUUCUUGUCCCAGAUGAGAGCAUUCUCUCUGAUAUCUUCCCAGGUAUGGUUGACCUCAAGCCAAGCAGCUGCAAUAUAAUCUCGAACACGUUUGAUACCUGCACCUUCAGCGUCCAGGUAGAGGUUGUUCUACUGCCAGUUAUUGUCCGACUCGAGACUGAAAAAUCGGAGAUAUCAAAAAGUCGUCUCGCCACUGUCGCAGCUCUUACUAGUCUAGGGCACCUUCAACUAGGUGAUAUUGUUCCGUCAAUUCAGCAGAUUGGUACAGCGACUGCCAUAGAUGCGAAGAAGAUCAACUACCUCGUGACCGAGUAUCUUACAGGGACCAUUCUGCUUGAAGAUAUUUGGAACACACUUGAUGAAACCAACCAGCUGGAGCUGGUAGACUCAGUCGUUUGUGCUGUGGAUAAACUUCAGAAGCUUGGAGACAUCAAGAAUGUCUAUGAACAUCUUGGGACAACCCCGUAUAUAUCAAAUGACAAGAAGACUCCUCUUGCUAUCGGUGGUCCAGGAAUUGGAUAUUUUCCAGAUAUCAAGAAUUUCCUAGAGGGAAUACUCCAAAGAAACCAGAGACAGCCAUGCUGCAAGUUAUUGGGGAGAGAUGGUGGACUUUCGAUUGAGUCCGAAUACGAUGAUAUCGGCCAGAUCGAUCUAUCUCACUCGGAUCUUGAUGAACUCCAGCAUUGUGUUGUCUUUUGCCACAAUGACCUCGAACCUCGCAACAUUCUGGUCAGAAAAUCAUCCUCUGGGAAAUAUGAGGUGGCUGGUGUGAUUGACUGGGAAAUGGCGGGCUUUUUCCCAUUCGCUUACGAAUACGGUGUCAAGGAUACCUCUCUUGGUUGCGAAAACCUGUACUUCAGUUGGUAUACCAUGUUCAAAGGAAAGACAUCCUCUUUAUUACCGCAGACAGAGUGUCACACUAAGUUUAUCAAAGCUGUGAGAAUUAUCGAGAAAUCGAAGAAGAAAGCCAUGUCACGAAAUGUUGGUGUUCGAGUGCAGGAAAAGUGGAUACAAAGGGAAAAGGUCGAGGAAUCUUCAGACAUCCGUGAAGGUUGGAUCCGCAAAGCAGGGGAGAAAAGUCAAGUGUUUACUAGAGAGGAUAUGCAAAAACUUGAGAAUGAGGUCCUAAAGGAACUGGGAUAUAUCUAG